AUGACAAGCAUUUCAGUUGGAGGAGUGAUCUUGUCUGAUUGCUUGUCUUAAAGUGAGAAAGUAUAAAAUUUUUAUUGCAGUGAAAACUGGAAGUGCUAUAGGAUUAGGUAAUUUGGAAUGGAAUUAGGUGCUGGAGGUGGUCCAAUUGGAGUUGUGAUAGGUGGAAUCAUUGGAGGUUUCAUUGGAGAAGUGAGUGGUAAUUUAUUGGGAAAAGCUAUUGAUCAUUUUACUUAGUUUAAUUUACAAAUUGAUUUUAAUUAGAAUAAAAAAUCUAAAGUUGAGGACGGUUAUUUAGCCUAUCUAGGUACACCCCCUCAAGAUAAGUUGGAAAUACGUCAAGGAUAAUAUAAAGAGUCUAAUUCUAAUAGCAUAAACUGACACUCAUAUGGCUUUUUUAAGAUAUUGGGAUUUAAUUUAAUGAAUAUAAAGAAAAAGACCCUGAUGAUUCUUGCAAAAGUAUUACGUUUAAACUCCUUGCAAUCACAGAGGAAUAUGUUAACGAUGAUGAAAUAUUGUAGCAAUUCUUCUCUCAUGAAACAAACAUUAUUGAUCUUGUUAAAGUCAAAAUUAGCUUAGAAAAUAUUAAAUAAUUAUGA